ACCCAAAUCAAAGUCAAACCCGUAGAUGCCUCCUUGGUUUUUUGUCUAUUACUCUAGUCUUUUUAGACGAGGGAAUUGACUUCGGUGCCUCAAAAGCUGUACAUUACAGAGAGAGAGAGUGAUAAAAUUUCAAGAACCUGCAUGUCUUUAUCGAUUUAAGGUCAUGGACAUCGAUCUGUCUUUGAAGCUAGACGCCGAAGAAGAAGAAGAAGAAGACGGCGAAAGAUCGACCGAAGAUCGCCGCGAAGCGCCAGAUGAUCAUCACGAUGACCAGGAACCCUCAGGAAGUCCUGAAGAAGCUAAGGAUGUGAUAGCAACCGCUUCAGGAGAAGAACAAGAACGACAAGAAGAAGAAGAAGAAGACGGCCACGGCCACGGCGAAGAACAUGGGUCAGUCGAUUUAUCGUCCCGAGAUACCAUGAAGACAGAGGAGCUAUGUGUUUUGAGAAAGGAGAUGGAUCGGAUGAAAGAAGAAAACCAGGCUUUGAGGAAGGUGGUGGAGCAAACGAUGAAGGAGUACAAUGAUCUCCAGCUCAAACUUGACCAUGUUCAUCAAUCCAACCAAUCAAAGGAUCCUUCAACCUUUCUCUCGCUCUACACCAAAGGAAAACCCGAUCAAGAACCGAAAUCCAUGUCCUGCCCGAACGAGAGCUCUCCAUCGCCGUCCCCAAAGAACAACACCCUAGGGGAGAGCGAACUGGGGUUGUCGCUGGGCUUGCAAAUUGGCGCCGACCCGCAAGGAGUACAAGUGCAUAAAGAAGAUGGCAUCAUCAAGGACCAAAAUCACACGAAUUUCCCAUUGACGCACGACAAGAUCCAAAGGACUGAUCAGUUUGCGGGCAUAACAAGUCAUGUCGCCUCCAUGCCCAACAGGAAAUCCCGAGUCACAGUUCGAGCGAGAUGCGAAGCAGCCACGUUGAGCGACGGUUGUCAAUGGCGAAAGUACGGUCAGAAAAUUGCGAAGGGGAAUCCAUGUCCUAGAGCAUAUUACCGGUGCACCGUGGCGCCAGGAUGUCCAGUGAGGAAACAAGUGCAAAGAUGCUUGGAGGACAUGUCCAUCUUGAUAACAACCUAUGAAGGAACACACAACCAUCCACUCCCAGUGGGUGCAACAGCCAUGGCCUCAACAGCCGCCAAUGCAGCCUCUUUCGUAUUACUUGAUUCGAGCAUCAACCCUAUCUCCUCGGACGGAUCUAUGUCGUCCAAUUUUGUCAACGCACAGCCGUCGUCGCUUCCUUAUCACAUCGCCAACCCCAGCACUCCCUCUCAUUUUCCAAGCGCUCAAAGCUUAAUAAACCCUAGCAACGACCCCUCGAAGGGCAUCGUCCUCGAUCUCACCCACGUCAACCGCUACGAGCCACCUCACAAUCUGCCAAUGAGGAUCAAUUCCACCGCGAAUUACCCAUUGCCUCAUCCGGGUCCCUCUUGGAUGAGCAGAAGGCCAAGCUACGACGCUUUCCCAGGCAACUCGAGGGGCUUGGACAAGCCGCCGGGAUCGGCGGAGAACGCAAACGCUAGCUCCAUCGCCUGCGAUCCCCAGUUUAGGGUUGCCGUGGCGGCUGCUUUGACGUCGCUCAUUAACAACAAUAAAGAGAGGAGCGAGGACAAUAAUGAACGGUGAGGCCAUCAUCCUAUGGAGCCCUCUUCAUCAAAUAGGGAUGGUGAGGCUGGUGGCUCAUCAAAUGGUGGUGGUGGUGGUAACAACCUGGUUCUUGAGUCUUUCUCUCCUAAUGGUAAGCCAAUUCAACUCUUGCCAUAAAGUUCCUAGAAUCCUGCCCCCAAAAGAGAAAAAAGAAAAACAAUAAGUGCUGUAAUUUACUUUGACAAACAAUUUGCAGUGUAUACUUUCAGAUCCUAUGCACCUUUUUAUCUUUUUCCCCAGCUCCUUUCAGCCUGGUCAAAUUCUAGGGGUAAUACAGUUCAACAGUGGACUUGUUUAGUCUGGUUUUUCUUCCAUGUUCUUUAGUUCCAGGGCAUCUCUUCUUUCAUGUGUAUUUAUAAUAUUCCAACUCCAAUCUCAAGGCACAACUCCCAGGAUCUUAGGAUCUUCACUAGGGUUUUAAUA